AUGCUUUUACAUCUACAGAUAUCCAAAAAGUACGGUCCUGUCUGCACUGUUUACUUUGGUUUAAGGCCCACUGUUGUUGUCACUGGGUAUGAAGCUUUAAAGGAGGUGUUUACUGACUGUGGCGAUGCUUUUCUGAAUCGAGGAGCCAUGCCCGUUUUUGACCGUCUUUUCAAGUAUGGAGGCUUAUCAUAUGUAAAUGGAGAUCCAUGGAAACAGCUGAGACAGUUUUCCCUUCAAACUCUUAAAGAUUUUGGAAUGGGUAAGAAGAGUUUAGAGGACCCAAUUCUGGAGGAGGCACAUCAUAUUGUGGAACACUUCAGAAGCUUAAAUAAGGAGCCAGUUGAACCCAGCACCACCUUGAUCUGUGCCUCCUCUAAUAUCCUUGCUAAUAUAUUAAUGGGGUCUCGCUAUGACUACAAUAACAAGAAGUGGUUGGAAAUCCUACAGAAGUCACAUGAAGCUUUUCAUAUUCAUUCAUCUGUCUGGGGCCAGUUGUAUGACAUGUACCCCAGUAUCAUGCAAUAUAUACCUGGACCACACCAAAGAAUGUUUGUACUUUUACAAGAUCUAAAAGAAAUGGUAAGGGAGAGCAUCAAAAACCAUAAAGACACUCUGGACCCAGCCUGCCCCCGAGAUUACAUUGACUGUUUCCUCAUCAGGAUGGAGCAAGAGAAGCAUAAUCCAUCCACACAUUUCUCCAUGAAGAAUUUCUAUACAACUGCUAUAUCUUUGUUUGUGGCCGGAACAGAGACAGUGAGCACCACAGUGAGACAUGGACUCCUGCUUCUUCUCAAACACCCCAACGUUAAACUUAAGGUACAAGAGGAAAUUGACCAAGUGAUUGGGAGAUUGCGAGCCCCAGGAUCACAAGACAGGGAGUCUAUGCCUUAUACCGAUGCCGUCAUUCAUGAAAUCCACAGAUACGCUGAUGUACUGCCCAUGAACUUGCCACAUGAGGUCUGUAUCCCAUUGAGGACAUUAUCCUUCACUUUUUGGAAGGGUACAGAUGUACUUGCCCCCUUGUCCUUCGUUCUGCGUGAUCCAAAGUAUUUUCCUGAACCAUUCACAUUUACUCCAGAGCGGUUCCUAGAUGAAAAUGGGAGGCUUAAAAAGAAUGAGGCCUUCUUAGUAUUUUCUGCAGGGAAGCGAAUGUGCUUAGGAGAUGGACUGGCUCGUCAGGAAAUUUUCCUCACUCUCACCACACUUCUGCAGAACUUUGAUAUUUCUUCACCAGUGGACUUCAAAGAGUUGGACAUCUCACCACAGAUGGUUGGUUUUUCCAAUUUCCCAAGACCUUUCAAGAUAAGCUUUGUCUCACGCAGACUCUGA